AUGGCAAAACGAACCGAUUUCGUGAUGAUGGUGUUCCCCUUGCUACUCACUUUCGCCUUGACAAAAGCAGCAGCUUUCUCUACCAGUGAAAUAUCGGGCAACUCGGAAGCACUUCGGUUGCUAAUAUCGCCAGAACGACAACUGGAUCAAAACAGCGGCGGCUCGGAUUUCAUCGGUCAGUACUCAGUCAAGUUUCAGGGAUGCCAUCAUGUGCAGCAAUGGAACAACGAUGCCGACGGUGAAGAAGACGUGCGCAUCAAGACAAAGUGGCUCGCCCGCUUUCGAUUAUGUCCCGUGGACCAAUGCAGUUCGGAUCGAUCCGCGGGCUGUACGAGCCGCUACGGAGACUACGUCGUUGACCUCGACACUUUUUUACAAAACUUUGUUUCCUUGCAGAACGGCGAUGCCUGUGACCAAGCGGACGAGGAUUGUGCAAACAACUGCAGCAGUGACGAUAGCGGGUGCUUGCAAAAAUGCUAUCAAUCUUACGGGGCUGGCUACUGUCUUGAAGAAGACAAAGCGGAAGCAUACGGAUUUGAUGUUUCACAGUACCUCGAUUGUACUCAGAUUGAUGGAGGUAACGACAAGGCUUAUUACGUGGGACCCUAUUGUGCUAAUCAAGGCGGUGACGUACGAUUAGGAGUCUUUUCGGACGAUACUUGCACAACCUUUGCUCAAAGCGGUGGUUCUGCUUUUUCCAAUACGUUCGGUUUCAACCUGCCUUACUCGAGUGAAUCUUUGGUGACUAGCCAGUGCGUCGGCUGUGGCUCGAGCGACGGGAAUGGCAACGUCGAGACCAACCAAAUGUGCGGAAAUGUGUACAGCAUGUCGGGAAAAUGCGAAACCCGCAUGGCGGUGGACUACCCUAAUGAAUCAUCGUGCGGGUACAUUGAAGGCAUCAAAGUUAUUCGAGAAGAUGGUGUCAUUCGAUCUUCGACUGUGCGCAAGUCCAAAGCUGCUGCUGUUUCGAUUGGAUUGUUCACGACAGUAUCCGUAUUGCUCGCCGGAUAUGCUUUUUACCUACGCACCAAGUUGGGGCGGGCGCAGAUCAAUCUCGCGGCAGCGUCACAACCAUUGACCUAA